UCCUAGAGCAUAUUAAGAGAUAAUAUAAACUAAACCAUUUGGGAAUAAACAUCACUGUCUUGUGUACGUACUAACUUUGCUUUCCAUUUAGAUGAGCUAUGCUCCUUAUAACCCCAGUCUUGGGACCGGAGUCCAGCCCCAGCCUCCUUACCAGUUUCCUGUGAACACCGCAGCUCUGAAUCAGGGAAUUAUUCAACUGCUGCUGUACUUCGAUUGGGUCUGGGUUGGCCUUGUGGUCCCAGAUGAUAUGAGGGGAGAAAUAUUCCUUAGGAACAUCACAGAAGAGAUGACCAAGCACAGACUUUGUGUUGCAUUUGCAGAAAAAGUUCCAGAAUUUCCUGCCAAGGACACAACCGACAGGCAACGUUUCCUAGAAAGGUUCACGUUGACAAAUGUCAUUGUUGUGUUUGGUGACACAUAUUCUCUUCUGAGGUUUGUCUAUAACAUCUUUUGCAAUUCUCCUCUUGGUAAUGUUUGGAUCACAACUUCAGAUUGGGAUAUCACCAUAUUACCCUUUGGACAGAGUCUAAGUUACACAUACUUUGGUGGAGGGUUGUCCUUUUCUGAUCACAUGGAUGAACUUCUGGGAUUCAAGGAUUUUCUCAGAGGUGUUCAACCUGGGAAAUACCCUCAUGAUAUCUUUAUCCAGGAUGUGUGGUCAAAUCUAUUUGAAUGUCCGUAUUUGGAUGGUUAUUGGAUCAGAAACCUGAGCCGGUGUGAACAAAAUGGCACGUUGGCCUCAAGAGCUCUGCAUGUUUGGGAUAUGAACACCUCACCCCCAAGUUACAAAGUCCAUGCUGCUGUGAACGCCAUUGCCCAGGCACUGCGUGAGGAGCUGUUGCUCAGAGCAGAAGCAGGAUUACUUGAUAAACGUGCACCUGGGGCUCCUCCACCGUGGAAGGUAGCAAUAGCUAGUGUUGUGUUUUCCUGUCGUAAUGGUCCCUGGCUUGUAAGUUCUGUACUUUGAUUCAUGAUCUCAUAGUUAUUCUCAAAUUGGAAAAAAGGAUUUUUUAUUAA